UCGCAUGACCUUUAUUGCCGGAAGAUAAACUUUCUAAAGACAUGCGCAGAGAGAAAUUCCAUAUAGAAAACUUGCAGUAGUCCGAAUUUACGGCAAAAAUAAUAAAAAUCUGCCAAAAUGGUAGACACGGAUCCAACAAUAAUAGGUAAAAUUUCCUAUUACUGUAGGGAAAAAUACUACUGUCAUAUGGAAAAUGCUGCUACCGAAGGACUACAAAAAUUCAGUAAUGACCCAGUUCUCAAGUUCUUUAGGGCAUAUGCAGUUAUUUUACAAGGACGUAUUCAGGAAGGAAUAAGAGAAUUGGAUGUAUUGAAAGACAAGAGGGAUGUGAAUAUAUGUUCAACAAUGGCACUUAUGUUUGCUCAUAAACAUAGCCAAUCUGUUGACAGAGAAGCUGUGCAGGAGUUGGAUGCAAAGUUAAAGGAGGAGAGGAAACAAAGUGGGGAAAUGGGUUUAUAUUAUGGAGGUCUGUUCCUGCUUUUGAAUGACAAACCAGACAAAGCAAGAGAAUACAUAGAUAGGAUGCUGAAAAUGGCCACAACAAAAGAGGGAUUUGUAGCUAAAGGAUGGAUUGAACUGGAGAGUGGGAGAGAGGCCAAAAAGGCCAUUAAAUAUUUUGAUGAUGCAAUUGGAAUGGAGGGGGCCCGGGACAUUAAUGCCUUGCUGGGAAAAGCCAAGUACCUAGAGUCGCGCCACAAUUUUACAGGCGCGCUGGAGCAGAUCAAUCAGCUGAUCGUCACCUACCCAGGCUUCCUGCCUGCCCUGAUCGAGAAAAUGAAGCUGCAGCUUAAUCUCCAGGACUGGGAUCAGGCCAUAGAAACAGCUCAAAGAGCUUUGGACACUGAUCUACACUGUACAGAGGCACUCAAGUACCAGGUCAUAUAUCUCCUGUCCAGGGAGGGCAACUACUCCGAGGCAUCUGGUAAAAUAGGAGAUCUUAUCUCGGCACUGGACAGAUUUGAACCAAGAAGUUCCUAUUUGUACUACCACAUGGCACAAAUAUUCAGCAGAAUAUGCGGGAGAAACGCCCUGGUCCUGCAGCAGACAUAUACCCUGGUGGAGCGCUCGGUGCAACAGGACUCGGAGAACACCGAGUACAUCAAUGAACUCGGCUUCCAGCUUCUCCUACAGGGCAAGGUCAAGGACGCCAUGAAGUGUUACAGGAACGCAAUGAAGAUCAAUGACACCAGUGUCCAGUCUCUCACAGGUAUCAUUCGAUGUCAGUUGAUUGAAAACCAGCUGGAUGACGCUGCACAGCAGCUGGAUUUCUUGCAAGAAGUACAACAAAGCAUUGGAAGAACCUCAGAACUGGCAUAUCUAAGUGCUGCAUUGUCUAUAAAGAGAGGUGAGGGUCCAGACAAAGCUUACAAACUACUGAAUGAAGCUGUGGAGAUCCAUUUCACUGCCUUAAAAGGAAACCCCCUUGGACCGCAAUAUUAUCUGUUGCUCAAUCCAGACUUUUUGCUGCAGAUGCUCAAAGAUUUCCUAGUAUUUGCUCCUACACAACCUAUAAAGCAGGGUCAGCCCCCUGACCCUCUCCUUAAGCGCUGUUGUCAGGUACUUGAGGCUCUGACCCGCACUGUUCCCGGUCUCCUGGAGGCUUUGUACCUUAUGGCCAAGGUCCGUUUCCUGCAAGGAGACAUUGACUCUGCCCAGGGGACACUGAACCACUGCCUGGAGAUGGAGAACACCUACUCCGACGCCCACAUCUUGAUGGCCCAGAUCCACCUCUACCAGAACAACUUCAAACUGGCCAACCAAUCCCUGGAGGUCGGGCUCAGCUACAACUUUGAGGUGAGAGACCACCCCCUGUAUCACCUGAUCAAGGCUCGAAUUCUGAAGAAGUCAGGCGACUCGGCAGAAGCUGUUAAAACCCUACAGAUGGCCAUGACCCUGCCAGGGGUCAAAGCGGCAGGGAAGGGACCCAUGGCAAAGAAAGGGAAGGUGCCAGACAUCGGUACCAAUGACAGGGUCUCUGUGUUCCUGGAGCUAGCUGAGGCCCACACUGCCCUCGGAGAAACGCACGAGGCAGCUAAGGUAAUGCAGGAUGCCAUCAAUGAGUUCAGUGGGACGGCGGAGGAGAUCAGAAUCACCAUCGCCAAUGCCGACCUGUCCAUUGCUCGUGGAGAUGUGGAAAUGGCCGUCACCAUGCUCCGAAACAUCACUACGGACCAGACCUAUUAUGUCAAGUCUCGCGAAAAAUUGGCAGACAUUUAUCUGCAUCACAAAAAGGAUAAAAGGCUGUAUACUGGGUGCUAUAGAGAACUUUAUGACAAGCAGCCCAAUGUUGAAACAGCUCUGUUACUGGGAGAUGCCUACAUGAGUAUCCAGGAGCCUGAUAAAGCCAUUGAGGUUUAUGAGAAAGCAAUGAAGAAUAACCCCAAAGAGACACAGUUAGCUAGCAAAAUAGGACAGGCCUUGGUCAAGACCCACAACUAUGGAAAGGCAAUAAAUUACUACGAAGCUGCUCUGAAAAAUGGCUCCAGUCAAGGUUUUCUAAGACAUGAUCUAGCUGAAUUGUUGUUAAAACUACGACAAUAUGACAAGGCAGAAAAAGUACUCAAACAGUCUCUGGAAGCUGAAUCAGCUUCCGACCUUGAUACCAUGAUGGAACACACCAAACUGAUGGUGCUACUGGCCAAGGUGUACCAGAAGGUGGAUAGAAUGGAGGAUGCCAUGACGGCCCUGACCAAGGCUCGGGACAUGCAGGCCAGAGUUUUGAAGCGUGUUCAAAUUGAGCAACCAGAUGCUGUUGGCCAACAGAAACAGUUGGCUUCAGAUAUUUGUGUGACAAUGGCAGAACAAGUAAAAGGACAAAGAGAUUACGAGAAAGCCAUCAAGUUCUAUAAAGAGGCUCUGGUCUACAAUGAAAAUGACAGCAAGGUGAUGUUGGAUCUGGCUGGGCUCUACUUGAUGACAGAAGACCUUGAUUCCUGCCAGCAUCAGCUGAUGAGUCUCCUGAAGAAUGAGAAGGAGAAUGACGCUGCUACAAUUAUGUUGGCAGACUUAAUGUUCAGGAAGAAUGAAUAUGACUCAGCUGUGCACCAUUUUCAGCAACUGUUGACUGUCAAACCAGAUAACUAUGAGGCCCUGGCAGGGUUAGUGGAUCUGAUGAGGAGAUCUGGGAAGCUGGAAGAGGUCCCUAAGUUCCUGGAGGCUGCUGAAAGUGCCACAGGGAGAGCUAGCAUGGAGGGUGGAUUCAACUACUGUAAAGGCCUGUACGAGUGGUACACUGGUAACCCAACAGCUGCUCUGAAGUUGUUUAACAAAGCUCGUAAAGACAGCGACUGGGGAAACCUGUCCAUCUAUAACAUGAUCGAGAUCUGCCUGAACCCUGACAACGAUACGCUGGGAGGAGAGGUGUUUGAGGACGAGGGAACUGGAGCUGUAGAUCGAGACAAGAUGGAGAGUGAACAAGUGGCUGUCAGAACAGCGGAAAAAUUACUCAAGGAAGUGAAGGCCAAGCCUGGAGACCUGAGGCCCAAGAUGCUGGAGAACAUGGCCCUGAUUGCCUCGAAACAGAAACAGAAUGUGGAGAAGGCUGUCAAUAACCUGAUGGAAGUCAGCGCUAAUGAGCAUGACUCGGAAAUUCCCGGCUCAGGUUCAGCGCGAGAACACGUGGGUGCACUGUAUGGAAUCGCGGCGGCCUACAUGGUACUAAAACAGACUCCUAGGGCCAGGAACCAGCUCAAGAGAAUCGCCAAAAAUAACUGGACAAUGCAGGAUGCUGAAGAUCUUGAGAAAGGCUGGCUUCUGUUAGCAGAUAUCUACAUACAGACUGGGAAAUAUGACAUGGCUACAGAGUUACUAAAACGAUGCCUACAGCAUAAUAGGUCCUGUUGCAAGGCACAUGAAUACCUGGGAUAUAUUUUUGAGAAAGAACAAUCUUAUAAAGAUGCUGCCUCCAGUUAUGAAAUGGCAUGGAAAUAUGGAAACAAAAACAAUCCUGUCAUAGGCUUCAAGUUAGCAUUCAACUAUUUGAAGGCAAAGAGAUUUGUAGAUGCAAUUGAUAUUUGUCACCAUGUAUUAGGUAAUCACCCAAAUUAUCCCAAAAUAAGGAAAGAAAUCCUAGAGAAGGCUAGAGCAUCUCUACGAGUGUGACAGACUGCAAUGAAUAAAAUUAAGAGACAAUUGAACAGACACCCAUGACUACUCAUCCAGUGAAGCGUAUCACUUCCUGUCAUGUGACUGCCACUGCUGUGAUAAUUUUAGAGAUCUUGAGAGACAACUCCGUCCAGUUGAAGAGAACUUAAUGUUGUAAUUUUUUAAUGUAUGAAAUAAAUUAUUUAUUGAAUUUAU